AUGAAAGGUCUCUUCAAGAACUUGACGCUCUCCUUGCCAUUGGCACUUGCUGCCCUCUCCACCGCGCAGGAGACACAAUGGCCACUGAGAAGCAACGGUCUCACUGACUUGGUCGAAUGGGACCAUUACAGUUUCAAAGUUAAUGGCGAACGUCUGUUCAUCUGGUCUGGAGAGAUGCAUUACUGGAGAAUCCCAGUCCCUGAGCUAUGGGUCGACGUCCUACACAAGGUCAAAGCUGCCGGUUUCAAUGCAGUCUCCUUCUACUCACACUGGGGAUUCCACGCUCCACGUGAUGGCGUUGUCGAUUUCGAAUCUGGCGCUCACAACAUCAGCAGUCUAUUCGAGACUUGCAAACAACUCGGUCUAUAUAUCUUCUAUCGACCUGGACCUUACAUUAAUGCGGAAAGUACUGGCGGUGGUUUUCCGGGUUGGGUGACCACCGGUGCUUACGGUUCUCUCCGCAAUAAUGACACUAGAUAUACCGAAGCCUGGAAACCGUACAUCGAAACUGUUAACGGAAUCAUUGCUGAACAUUCGAUUGUCAAUGGCGGCAAUGUCAUCUUCUAUCAAGUUGAGAACGAGUACGGCUACCAAUGGACAAACACUGCUCGCAGAACCCCCAACGAAACUGCAAUUCACUAUAUGGAGCUUCUUGAGACUGUCGCAAAUGACACUGGGAUCAACAUGCCUACUGUGCACAACAACCCUAACUUGGGAAGCAAGUCUUGGUCCAUGGACUACGAUAUCAACAAAGUCGGUGGUGAUACAUGGCUGUACGCUGUUGACAACUAUCCUUCUUGCUGGAGUUGCAAUCUCCAAGAGUGUGCCUCUACCAAUUCUCCGGCUCCUGACUUUACUGUCCUUGACUACCACACCCACUUCCAGGAAACGGCACCAGGAGAUCCUUCCUUCUUUGCCGAGUUCCAGGGUGGUUCAUAUAACCCUUGGGAUGGCCCUGCUGGUGGCUGCAGAAACAAUACUGGACCUGAUUGGGUGAAUGUGUUUUACAGAAACAACGUUGCUCAGAAGGUUACUGCUCACAACAUGUACAUGCUGUACGGUGGAACCAACUGGGGUGCGUUGGCAUUCCCACUGGUUGGUACUAGCUACGACUAUUCUGCACCUAUCCAGGAGGAUCGUCUCAUUGGUGAUAAGUAUUCUGAGGCAAAGCUGCUUGGAUACUUUAUCAGAUCUGCCAAGGACCUUCCUCUGAUCGAGAGAGGAGCAAACGGUACAAACCUAACCACAAACUCCAAUGUCUUCACACAAGUACUGUACAACGUGGAGAACAAUGCUCAGUUCUAUGUCGUUAGGCAUGCAAACACGACUCUCCAGACCUCUCUUUCAUUCAAGCAAAACAUGACGACUUCUCUUGGAGAGUUUGAGGUUCCUCAGCAUGCUGCUGACAUCCGUAUCAACGGAAGAGAAUCCAAGAUCCUUGUUUCAGAUUACAACGCCGGUAAUCAAAAGAUCGUCUACUCUACUGCCGAAGUCUUGGCCGUGUCUAUUCAAAAUGGCAAACCUAUCAUCGUCUUCUGGGUCCCUACUGGCGAGAGCGGAGAGUUCUACCUUAAGGGUGCUCGAUAUGGAAAUGUCAAACAAUGCGAUGGCUGUUCCAGCGUUGGCUUCUACCAGACCAAGGAUGGUGUCAUUACUAGCUUCGCACAGGGCUCGGGAAUGAGCGUCUUCCAGUAUGGUAACGGCGUGACUGCAAUCGUUGUCGACAGAUCACACGCUUACAAACUCUGGCACACUACUUUGAUCAACGAUCCUCACGUGCCUCUGGACAAGACCGCUUUGGUCACUGGUCCAUACCUUGUCCGCACUGCUGUUGUUGAGGGUGAAAUUCUUGCUCUGGUUGGCGACUACAACGGAACUACUCCUCUCGAAGUCUUUGCUGCAGGUGUCAAGAAGGUCACUUUCAAUGGUGAAUGUGUUUCUGUCAAGCCUUCCGGCUAUGGCAGUCUCAAGGGCGAGCUUGGUCAGGACAAAGUCACCGUACAAUCAUUGACUGCCUCACUUCCCAAGCUGUCUCAAUGGAAGGUUGCAGAUGGUCUUCCCGAGCGUGAAGCUGGAUACGAUGACUCGAAAUGGGCCAAUGCCAACCAUACCACCACUCCUCAUUGGAACAAGCCUGCCACCGACCAUAUCCUGUAUGCAGACGAGUACGGCUUCCACGGUGGUAACAUUCUCUGGCGUGGACGCUUCAACGGUACAAGCAGUGGUGUUUUCCUGAACGUCAUCGGCGGUACUGGUAGUGGCUGGUCUGCUUGGUUGAAUGGCAAAUUCGUCGGCUCGACUUUCGGUGAUAUCAAGCUUUCGCAAACCAACCAGACGCUCAAGUUUGGUGAUGCUGUCAAGAGUGGAGAGAAUAUUUUGUUCGUCAUUCAAGAUCAUAUGGGCAAGGAUCAAACCACUGGUGCUAUCAACCCUCGUGGUGUUUUGAACGCCACCCUUGCCGACGGGGCUAAGUUCACUUCCUGGAAGAUAGCAGGCAAAGCUGGUGGCGGCGCCAACAUCGAUCCUGUUCGUGGACCUUACAAUGAAGGUGGUCUACAUGCUGAGCGUCUUGGCUGGCACUUGCCCGGCUUCGAUGACAGCAAGUGGGCUUCUGGCUCGCCUUCUACUGGUCUCAACACUGCAGGUGCCAGCUUCUACCGCACUAUCCUGCCUCUCGAUCUGCCUGAGGGUCACGAUGUCUCACUCGCCUUCAACCUUCACGCACCAAACAGCUUAAAGCUUAGAGCCCAACUCUACGUCAAUGGAUACCAGUUUGGCAAAUUUGUUCCAUAUAUUGGCAAUCAGGUGGAGUUCCCAGUCUUUCCUGGUAUCUUGGAUUAUCACGGUAACAACACUAUUGGUCUAUCGAUCUGGUCUCAGGAUAAUGUUGAAGCGAGUGUGUCUGUCGAAGUCAGUGUUCUUGGUGUGCACUCCUCGGGUUUCGAUGUUGGCUUCAAUUCUAGCUAUCUCAGACCUGGGUGGACGAAGGAGAGGUUGCAGUACUACUAG